AUGUCAGCACCGUCUAUCCCCCCCGCCAUAAGCCGCAAACGCCGCUUAACUAUUGCUGAUAUUCGGGACGGCUUUACUACACAACCUGUAUCAAACCUACUUUGGAACCAAGAGUUCCUAAACUGCUACGACCUAGGUGGCUGCCAUCCUAUUUGCCUAGGAGAUAUCUUCAAGGACGGCCGGUAUAAAGUUGUUCGAAAGCUAGGAUGGGGCAACUCUUCCACCGUCUGGCUCGCUCAGGACACCAUAACUGAUAUCUUGGUGGCACUAAAGAUAUCCAGGGCAGAUAUGAGCAGUGCCUCGAGGCGUGAAGUUUUGGCGCUGGAGGCUCUGCACGCUAGUAAAGUCACGUCGAAGCUGAUGCCCGCACUCUAUGAUGACUUCGUUCAUAAUGGACCUAAUGGUGCUCAUCAAUGUAUCGUCAUGCAGGUUCUUGGUCCCUCACUGAAAACCGUUAUUGAGAGCUUUUAUAGUGAGCGUAUCGACCUAGAAGACUUACUACGGCUGGCGAGGCAGGUUCUCGAUGCCACGGCAACAUUACACGAAGCAGGCUUCGCACAUGGAGACAUCGACUGCAGCAACAUCGUCUUUUCUGUCAACAACUUAGCGAAUGUCUCUAACGAAGCGUUCAUCAUAGCUCUUGGCAAGCUGAAAACGGCAGAGCUGCUACGAAUAGAUGCAUCGCCGCUAGAUGAUAAACACUUGCCGGAGCAGCUCGUUGGUGCUGCAAAGUGGGACGACUGGAUCGAUGAGGAUGAAGAGGAUCUACGUUUUGUCGACGUAUGUGAUUUGUUUCGUGUUGGCGACCAGGUUCCGAGUAGUGAGGCUGAGCAUAAUGCAAUAUGCCCACCUGAGACGAUAUUUGAGGACACCUUUGACUACAGAGUUGACCUCUGGCGUGCUGGUCAUGUUAUUUAUUCCCUCAUUUUCGCAUCAUGUCCCUUCAUGUAUAUGGGAGAUGACGACUCUCUUGUGAAUCAGAUGAUUGACUUUAUCGGAGCGCUACCGCCUGAAUGGGAGUCGCGACGGCAAAGAACCCGUGAAGCUUCAAGCGACCCUAUUGAGACUUCAUGCGACGCCAACUCGACCACGGAACUCGAGACGAGGUUCAAAGAAGAUGUCCCAGAGCCAGAGCUCGCACCACUGCUCCCCGUCAUCCAGGGGCUUAUGCGUUUCCGACCCCAAGACCGAAUCUCUGCCCGCGAUGCGCUAGCACUCCUCGAUUAG